AUGUCCGAAGUGACUGUGAAGAAUGACCUGCAAGCUGCGCUAGAAAUAAGGGCUGGUGAGGCGUGGCAGGUCCUCUAUCCAGACGGGCAGGUGAAUUUGGAGGUCGAGAGCGGCUCCAGGGUGACUCUGAGGCUCCGAGAGGCACCCGAGAUCGCAGGCAGGUCGGUGCAGACGCAGACGGACGUUUUGUGCGCCAGCUGCGACUUCGGAGCCUUCGGAGGACAGGCCAAGCAGUGGCUGGAGGCAAGGGCCCGGGAGAUCGACGAGGAGGCGAAGCGGCGUGAGGAGCUGCAGACACAGAUGAACAGGGAAGCCCGGCAAGAGGCGAACACUACAGGGCUGUUCGACAAUUGCUUCUAUCUCCUUUUGUUUCUCCACUUGCCCAUCAUCAUCCUGGUUCUCUUGGCAGUGGCGCCCUUUGACGGGGAUGAAUUUCUGACGACCUUUGAUCGAACUUGUGCACUCUUCGUCUGCUGCUACCUGGGCGCCUGUGUCCCGGUGCUGGCUUCUCCUUCCCACUGGAUUGUUAAGGCGCCUGGGUAUGAGCGCUGGUGGAGCGGUGUCGCAUGGCUUGUGGGCUGUUUGGCCCUGCUAUGCGUUGUCUGGAUGAGUGUUAGCGACAUCAUCAGCGGCUGGUGGUACACGCUGCUGAUCCUUUGGCCUUGUCCGUGCUGCGUCUUCGUCUAUCGUUGUUAUCACAGACAUAACAAAAGCAUGUCCCCGGGUGAAUCUGCACGCGAGCUCGACAUUCUCGAGAGCCGAGACAGGGAAGCUCUUGUAUAUUGGCAGCAGAAGGUCCGCUCCCGCACCAUUGUCUUCCACGGGUCUGUCAUUGCAGAGUCCGGGCGCCCCUGCGUGGCUUCGUGGCCGGGCAAGUAUGAGGGCGCCUGGGAUGCACUGGUUCGAAGCAGCCGCGAGCGCGAAACAAGUGCGGCCGUGGUGUUCCUGCCAGAGGGCACACCAUCCUUUGGCCGACAUGCCAGAAUCCCAGCCAGUGAGAACAUUUCAGGGAGAUGCUGGUGCAUUCCCCUCUAUGGGGAGCAGAAGCCGUGGGGAUGUCUCUGGUGGAAGCAGUGGAUGGCAAAUGUGCGUAUAGCGCAUGCAUGCGGCGCACCGCUGGAAGUUUACUAUUUCGAGAACUCUGUGGGAGCAGGCAAAGUGGCAAGCUUCGCGACAGCAGGAGCAGAGCACCUUCGCAGGGACGAGAUAAACAGCAGGAUGCAAGAGUUCAAAGAGUCGGAAUCAUUUCAGGCAGCAAUCAAGGCUGGGGUCGGGAAGCUCUCUAGGAAGACCGGAAGAGACAGCAGCUCGCAGUACAGCAGAGAACUUCGACGUUUGUUCCUAGCCUGGUUGCCACCCGACGACCGCGAAUUUAUUCUGGCAUCCGAGGGACUAGGCAACUCACAAAAGGCCGAGGUGGCCUGGCUGGACAUGAAGGGCUACCCGUACAUCGAGGUAGAUGUGAGCAAAUGGCUCAAAGGAGAUCACAUGGUGCCCAUACCUUCAGCUGAGACAAGUCAUCAAGAUUUGCGGAAUCUUGAAAUUGUCCCUAUGCCCAAGGCAUAUGGACAGAGAGAUUCAGAAGCUCCUGACCUUCCUGGAGCUGUGAGCUAA